AUGACGUCAACAACAGUUGCUCAGCAUACGACACAACCAUUAAAUUUUGGACCUGAGUGGCUACGAGCACUAUCAACACCUGAUUCAGCAACUUCAAUUCCGACUUCAGGUGGUAGUAGUAGUGGAAAUGUUUUUAAGUUUUCAGCUACUAAAUAUCGUUAUUCAAAAGAUGAAAUCUUAGCCUUACGUGCUAAUAUUUCUGAACGUCUUACUGAAAAUACACAAAAUGAAAUAAUAGAAAAUUUAAGAGAUGUCGAAAGUGUAUUUCGACCAAAUGCAAUGGAACCAUUGGCAUUAACUGCACCAACACCAGAAGAAACUGUUAAGAUGAAUGCAUUAUCAAGUUAUAUAUCAGGCCGAACACCAGGUGGUGCUGGCCGUACUGGAAGUAAUACACAACAAUCACAACAAGAACCAAGAAAUACUCGUGGUGGUGGUUCCAUGUCAAAUGGACGAGGUGGUUCAAGAGGUCGAGGUGGACGUGAUAAUACUUAUGGAUCAAAUCGUGGCAAUAAUAAUAAUUCAGAUGAUAAUGGUGAGAAUGGAAAUACUGGUGAUGAAACAGCUGGAUCAUCAUCUUCAUGGUCUCGUAGUAAUUACCAUCCACGUGGUGGAUCAUUUGGAAAUCGAAUACGAUCUUUUGAUGAUCGAGAUCAAUCUCAAACAUUUCGUCGUGGUGGUGGUGGCGGUGGCGGCGGCCCUAGUAGUAGUACACGUCAAACAGCAGAUGGUUGGCGGCGAUCACGAGGUGAUGAUGAUGAUAGUAAUGAACAAAAUGAAGAUUCACCUACAACAGCUAAUGGUUCAACUUCAUGGGCAUCUCGUGGUGGACCGUCAAAACGUGGUGGUAGUAGUAGUAGUUCAAUGGAUCUUCGUACAAAAUCAAAUGAAAAAUGGAAUUCUAAUGAUGAUCGACCUGGUCCAUCAAAUAGUUAUGAAUCAAAUCAACAACGUGGUGGUGGUAGUGGUUGGCGAACGAACGCAUCUACAUCUGAUCGUGAUUUCAAUUCACGUCGUCCACCAGUUAAACGAGAUCGUAUGCCCGAAUGGAUGGAUGAUGAUAAUAAUGAUGAUGAGGAUAAUCAUUUAAGUAAUGCAACAUUUGAACAAGAUGGAACAUUUACUAGAUCAUCAGCAGUUCGACAAAAUAAUAAUAAUACUAAUAAUGAACUGGAAAGAACACAAUCUCAAUCAGGAUCGGAUGAAACAUUACCACAAAAUAAUGCUAUUCCAACACAACAAGAAGAAGAAUCUAAACCUGAAAAAACAUUACCACAAAUAGAUACAACUACUACAAAUAAUGCUCCAAUUGUAGCCGAAUCAGUUGUAUCUCAACCAACACCUCCUGUGCAACAAUCUCAUUCUACAUGGGAUGAUGAUUUUGAUCAUAGUGAUGUAGCAACAGCUGUAGUCGAAUCAACUCUUGCUGAAGCUACUGAUUAUUCACCACCAAUUUCUGCUCGUUCAAAAUCUCGUCUUAUUUCUAUGGAGCAAACUCAUCCAACUGCAUCUAUCAUUCCACAACCACGAGCACCAUUGAUUAUUGAUGAUAAACAAUGGUUUUAUAAGGAUCCACAAAAUACAGUACAAGGACCAUUUUCAUCAGCUGAUAUGGAACGUUGGUUUACUGCAGGAUAUUUUACUAUUCUUUUGCCAGUUAAACGAUUAGGUGAAACUCAAUUUACAACUAUUCAACAGUUAACAAAAGAGUUAGGUCGUUUACCAUUUCGCAGUGAUGCUCCAUCACUGCCAUCGACACCUGUACAAAAACAACAACCAAUUGUGCCUGAACCACAAAAAUUUAAUCCUAUGACAUAUGCUACAUCAUCAGUAUCAAACAAUGCAUUUAUUGAUGACUAUCUAAUGCAACAACAACAAUCAAGACAAAAUGCACAACAUUCAUUAUUAUUCAAUAGACAAACUUCAAUGCCAAUAUCAAGCAACGAUCGAAAAACCAUAUCAUCUCCAUCGAAUAUAUCUUCUCAAUUACAAACAUAUUUUAAUUCUCAACAACAACAACAACAACAACAGCAACAACCGCAAUCAUCAUCAUCUAUAUUUCCUUCAAAUAUAGUUACUGAUCCUGCAAUAAUUUAUCAACAACAAUUACAACGAAGUAUGUCAUCAACAAAUUCUCAACAAUCAAAUCCAAUUUCAUACGAUGAUAUGCAACGUUCAUUUCGUCAACUUUCAUCCCACUCAACAUCAUCAAAUAAUAAUAAUUCAUUAUUUUUUCCUUCAAAUGUAUCUGUUAGUCAACAACAAUCAAAUGAUUUAAUGUCACGUUUAACGCAAGCCAUGCAAACACGUAGUAAACAACAACAACAACAAGAAAAAUUUGAAGAAGAACGAAGACGUGAAUUAGAAAUGGAACGUUUAAAAUCAUAUGAACAAGCACGUUUACAACGUGAAGAAGCCGAAAGACGUAAAAUACAAGAUAAUAGACAAAUUAAUUUUGAACAAUUAACAAAAACAAUUGAGAAUAAAAAUCAAUCAUCAGCAGAUUUUGAACAAAUUUUAGCAUAUCAAUCCUUACAAUAUCAAAAAGAACAAGCGAAACUUGAAGCACAACAAGCCGAAAAUGUUCGUCGAUAUCAACAACAUUAUAGAGAACAACAACCUCAACAAUCAAUGUAUAAAAUACCAGAAACAGCUAAUUGGCCUCGACAUUUAUCACAAAAUAAUGAUUCAACACAAUUACUAAAUUUUACUGAUAUUCAAAAACAAGAACAAGAUAGACGUUCACAUGAAGCAACUGCUUUUGCUCAUCAAUACGGUAAAUCUGAGAUUUUACCUAUUCCAAAUUCCUCUCCAUCAUUAUCAUCACCAUCAACCAAUAAACCGAGUUCAUGGGCUCGAACAUUAUUUGCUGGUAGCAAUAAUGGCAAUAGUAAUAUCCCAUCGACACCAAGUCAUAUAUUAUCUGAUCAUAAUACAAAUGAGAAUACAGGAAUUGAAUCAUCAUCAGCAUCCAUAACAUCGUAUAAUCAACAGGCAACAAAUGCGGUACUAUCCCUUUUAAAUAUUCAUCCGAAAUCUCGAUCAGUAACUAAUCAACAACCGACACCAUGGAAUGGAACUAAUAAUAUAUCUAAUACAUCACUUCAAGAUUUACAACGGCAACAAGCACAGAAUGAAAUGAGACAACAACAACCACAUCAUAUUUUAUCUGAUCAUUCAUCAACAUCAACACCAGUAUGGGGUAGUAAUUUUCAACAGCCACCGACUGCAUCUCAACAAUCACCAUCAUCAUCAUCAGCACUUUUAUGGAAUAAUCAACAAUCUACAUUAUCGAGCAAAUCUAGCAAUAAACCUUCAACUCCAUGGACUGAAUUAAAACCGACAUCACCAUCGGCAAUUAUACCCGCAAAAAUAAAUCCAACUAAUGAUGAUGUAAUUAAAAGUGAACGUGAAGCUAAACAUUUAUAUACACAAACACGUACUCAAGAUGCUCUAUCGAAAUGGACUCAAACUCAAUUCAAAGAUAAUUUAAAAGAUAUUGAUGUACCAACUCUUAUUCAAUUAUUAAAAGAUAUUGAUAAUGCUGGUGAAAUAAUUGAAUAUGUACAACCAUAUAUAGGCUCAGUUAGUAAAGCUAAAGAAUUUGCUAAUGAUUUUCUUUCAAAACGUAAUCAAUUAGCUAAUGCUGAGCCUGAUUUGGAUAAUGAACGUUUAAAUGAAUUAGUUAUGGCACCAACAUCUUCUAAUGAUAAUAGUGGUAGUGGUGGUGAUGAAGGUUUUCAAUUAGCAUCAAGUAAUGGACAAAAGAAAAAAGCAAAAAAAAUGAAAGGUCAAAAAAUCGAUGUUAAACAACUUGGUUUUAUGGUUAAUAAUCGACCAGAACAACGAGAUGAUAUUGAUAAAGUACCUAUGUAG